AUGAGAGAGAACCUGAGCCCGUGGAACAGGGUGUCUGUAAAGCGCGAUCGCGUGAGCUGCGUGGAGUUCUGCGUCGGUUCUUUCGCCCGUGGUCACCUGACGGUCUAUGCGGCCUGGUGUCUCAAGUGUAAAGUGUGUGAAACUGAAGGUUCCGAGUGUGUGGGAGAAGAGGAGACCUGCUCUGCAAACUUCACUCGCUGUGGAAUUGCUCGGAUAGUAUCAUACGUGGGUACUGUAAAAAAAGAAGAAAUAAAGGCCUCCUGUUUCCCGGAGCAUGUGUGCAGAGCCGGCUCGGUCAACCUGGGACCGUUCAGUGUUUAUUACACAACAAAAUGCUGCGACACAGACAACUGUAACACAGAGAAGCCCCCGGACGUGUUUAUCAAGUUCCGCCCCAACGGCAUAAAGUGUGAUGUCUGUACGGAGGACGGAUCAUGCAACGGGACAAUGGACUGUGUGGAUGACCAGACUUACUGCUUCACCAUCGACCCAAAAUCAAAGGGGUGUGCGACUCGGAGCUUCUGUGUGGAUCGUCCCUUUUUCCUGGACAACAUGGAGGGGAUGACGUGCCGCGGCGGCAGCAGCCCCAGAGCUGGUCUGGACCCACUGUCCACCCUGCUUCUCCCGCUCAUCUCGCUCCUUUUCUACAAAUAAAAACGACUUCAAGUUUCUGUUACAAACGGGGCUUAGUUUUCUCCAGGUUUGGCUAUUUUUUUUUAGGUUUAAAAUUUUACUUUCUAUUUGGAAAUCAUCAUCACACUAGGGAAUACCACAUCUGUGUAACCUGUGUCUAUAACUGUUGUACACUGGGCCAAAACCCUCUAAUGUACACAACAAACAUUAUAAGAUAAAUAAAAACAUUAGAAAACACCUUUA